AUGAAAACGCCUCCUCAUACCUCUUCAGGUGCCAUGGAGAACGAAUCCAAGGACGAAAAGCUCGCAGAGGCAAUUGCCUUGGCCGACGAAACCAGUCUUCGUGCCGUUAUGCUCGCACUUAGCACCAAGUCGGACGAAAGCCUGGUGAUCGACUCCUGCUUCAAAAUGUGGGCUUACUGGAACUUCAAUUUUUAUGGUCCAGGGGAUACGCCGGAGAACCGCAAGAAGGACCACCUUUAG